CCAGUCAGGAUAACGCACUCACCGAGUACACACCACACGUUUUCUCUCUCUCUCUCCCCACCUGAUUCAGCAAUUCCAAGAUGGCCGAAGAAACAAACGUUGUUGCCGAAACCGUUGAACAGCCCGCCGCUGCUGCCGCUUCUCCCGCAGCCAAGCCCAAGAAGGCCGCGAAGGCAACCACAUCAAAGGCUGCCAAAUCUCCGGCCGCGAAGAGGACUCGUCCGGCUGCCGACAAGAAAGUGGCUUCUCCCGCCAAGGCAGUGGCUUCUCCCGCUAAGCCCAAGAAGGUCGUCAAAUCGGCCGCUGGAUCGGCUCAUCCUCCUUACCUCGAGAUGGUCACCCAGGCCGUGAUUGCACUCAAGGAACGCAAAGGAUCUUCCCGCCAGGCUAUCCUCAAGUACAUCCUCGCCAACUUCCAGGUCGGCACUGAUCCCAAAUCUGCCAAUAUUCGCGUGAAGAAUGCCCUCAAGAAAGGCAUGACCGCCGGAACUCUUGUGAACACCAAGGGUGCCUCUGGCGCUGCUGGAUCUUUCCGUGUGUCCCCUGAAGUUUUGAAGCCAAAGAAGGUGGCCAAGGAAGUCAAACCGGCCGCUGCCAAGAAGCCUAAAGUGGCCAAGAAGCCCAAGGUUGCGGCCAAGAAGCCCAUUUCUCCCAAGAAGGUGACGGCCGUCAAGAAAGUCGCACCGGCCGCUGCCAAGCCCAAGGUUGCCAAACCGGCCGCCGCUAAAAAGGCCGCUGCUCCUGCAGCCAAGAAACCGGUCGCAGCCAAGAAAGCCGCUUCCCCGAAGAAGGCAGCCGUUAAGGCCCCAAAGCCCAAAGUGGCCAAACCAGCUGCUUCUCCCAAGAAAGCCGCACCCAAGAAGGCUGUCGCAGCCAAGGCCGCCAAAGCCGCGAAAUCCCCUAAAGCCGCCACCAAGAAAGCCGUUGCUAAAAAGUAGAUCGAACCGAUUCGCCAGCUUCAAUUGAAUUGUUCCCCUUGAUUUUUAAGAAAACAAACUCUCAUUCAUGAAGAUCUCUUCACGCCAACAAUUGACCCAUCCAUCCCUCAUCUGUACAUACGAUUCAUCUUUUACCAAAAACCUAGACAUCCAUUUCUUUAAAUCACCUCGCAUUAUAUUUCGUUGAAAGCGCGCGGCCUGUACAUAAUAGAGCAAUGGCAAUUCAAUAAAUGAAAUUAAUACUU